UCUAGGGGUAAAUGUGUCAUUACAGCUUUGCAAUCUUACAGAAAUGUUCCAGGUUCCUAGUUCUUCGGUUCAAAUACGAGUCCAAAACACAUCAAUCAAAACACAACACAGCUCCUCAAUUCUUGUUGAUUUAUUGACCUAACUUCACGUUCAUUGUGUAGCUGCUUUGGUAUUUUUCGGCAAGUAUGGAAGCUAACAGGGGCCAGAAUGGAAUUCAACUGUUGUUAGCUGCAGAGCAAGAAGCUCAGCGCAUUGUCAAUGCUGCAAGAACUGCAAAAAUGGCUAGACUAAAACAAGCCAAAGAGGAAGCUGAAAAGGAGAUUGCUGAAUUCCGUGCACAAAUGGAAGCUGAAUUUCAAAGAAAGGUUGCGGAGAGUAGCGGAGAUUCUGGUGCUAAUGUGAAGCGUCUGGAACUAGAAACAGAGGCAAAGAUCCAGCACCUGAAGACGCAGGCUGCAAGAAUUUCUCAUGAUGUUGCCCAGAUGCUACUGAGGCAUGUGACGACUGUAAAGAACUAAGAUCUCGGUUUGACCUUAAUGUCCUGGAAUGUUUGGGUACUCUCCUGUUAUAAUUCCUAAAUUUUAGCAUGGAUUUUUUGCUUGUGACGAUGAGGAGCUUGCUUUUAUCCUGUAUCUUAGCAUACUUAUAAUUUGUAUUUGUUGAUUGUGCCCUUUUAUUAAAUAAAACCCUUCAAUGUGUGUUCUCAUGUAUUAAUGCUUAAUGCUAGUGACAGAGAGAACAUUCCUCUUACUCAAGAGUUUGUUUAGUGUCAUUAUUGACCGAGCAUCAGUGUAGAAAUUGACCUUAAUAUGUGCAAAUUGUACUUUCUGCCCUUUUUCUCA